UAAUCUACAUCUACAUUCUACUUUGUUUCUUUGUAAUUUACUAAUUUAUACUUUAUAGUGUGUAUAAAAUGUGGAUUACCGUAACGAGAAUGAAGAAUGAACAUUCUUUUUCAAUGGUAAUGACGAUGUGUGUAGUCCAUUGGUGUAUACUAUCUAUAUUAAUAUCGUUAAAACAGUAAAUAAACAACUUAAACUAUUAUAUUUACAUAUUAUGACGAAUUGACAAUAGGAUGAGCUCAAUAGUCGAUAAGGAUUUACGAUUUACGAAUUACGAAUCAUGUUUGGAGACGGUUAUUUUAUGAUACUGUAGCCUAUAGGUGACUGCAUAUACUGCUUACGGAGGUUAAGACCUUAUAGMCAAUGGCAAUAUAUUAUAAUGUUUUCAUGAACCAGUCAAUGUUAUUCUGAUAUGYUUGUAUCAACUAUAAAUGAAUAGAAUAUAAAAUAUAAGAAAAAGCGYUUGAUAUUUAUGGUUCAGUAAGAAUUGACAAAUUGAGUUUCCAAAAUGAACCCACAAGAGAUUUCAAUACCGGUUCCUUGGGGACAUAUUGCUGCGAAACUGUGGGUGGACAAACACAAGAAAUCGGACCACCGCGGCGGCGAACGGGUGAUGUGCCUCCACGGGUAUCAGGACAAUUGCGCGUCAUUCGACCAUCUGAUUCCCAUGCUGGACGGCGACCGCACGUACUUGUGCKUCGACUGGCCGAACCACGGUGGCUCGUCAGGCACGCCGUUGGGCGCGCGGUGGACUAUGGAAAACUAUGCGCUCACCAUCAGGCGCGUGGUCGACCACGUUCGGUGGUUGUCGCCGUUUGGGUGCCUCGGUCACAGUAUGGGCGGACAGGUGGCCAAGUUGUUUGCCGCCGUUUACCCGGAAUGCGUCGCGUGGCUCGUGUUGCUGGACACCGCCGGACCAGUGGCCGCGUAUCCCGAGGAGAUCACGUGGAGCGUGCGCCGAGCUGGCGACGAACUACUUAGACUCGAAGACAAAUUAGUGCCGGCGUUGCAGACAAGCGACGGAGGCCGUCCACCGCCGGUGUACGAUUACCCGGGGGCGUUGGAGCGCGUUAAAAGACGCCACUACGGUCAACUGGAUGAUGAGUCGGCCAGGACGUUGAUGGCCCGGUACUUGCGGCCCGGGCCCACGGGCGAAUUCCAUUUGGCCAACGACGUGCGGCUAGGCGURCCGUACAGCCAGUGGUUUUUGCCCGCACAGCACCGGGACGUGGUGACCAAUGUCAGGUGUCCCACACUGCUGAUCAGGGCGUCGGACAGCGACUUGUACUUUGCGGACGUGUAUGGCGUCUUUGUGGAAAUGUACAAAGAAAAUCCAAAUUUCCGUACGGUCGUGGUGGACGGAAAUCACGACGUUCACAUGAACAAUCCGCGUGCGGUGGCGACGUUGAUCAACAAAUUUCUCAACUACAAAUUUAGUAAAUUAUAAUACGUAUAAGGACAAACAGCGUGCCCAUUAUAGUGGCUCACAGGACAAAUUAAUUUGCCAUGGGCGCAUAUAGGUACAAUUAUAAGGAGGGUCAAAAUAAAAAAUAUCCCAAAUAUAAGGCUAGUCGCUGACUGGCAAUUUUCAGUUGCGCAAUAGUUUAAUUGCAUGGGUGACUUCCACAGUGAUAUGUGACAAUCAGCUCACAUGCAACUAAUCAGUUUGACCAACUAAUUAGUUUGUGUUUUGCCACAAAUCGUUCGAUUGCGUGAUUACUAUCGCGCAACUGGAAAUUGCCAGUCAGCGACUAGCCUAAAAUAGUAAAGAUUUAAUAUUAUUUUCACAUAAUAUGAAUGUAAAUAUGCAUGUUAUAUUUGUAUUGUCAUAUAUGUUAUA